AUGAAGAAAGAAUUUAUAGAGCUCAUUUCGGACCCUAUUAUAUUUAAUGAACAAUCUCAACGAGUCUUUAAACAUGCUGACUUGCCUAUGGUAAGAAACGAGCUUUCAGUGACGCUACGACUUAAGCUUCAGAGCCAUACUCCCUAUUGGGCUGUUGUAUUUCACAAAGGCACCGAGUGGUUAAUCCGUACUCCUAGGCUCGUGUUGAUACCAAAUAAAUCAUCAUUGCAUGCUCGCUUCUCAGGAAAAUUAAAGAAUAAUUUAGGAAUUGAUGAGCUCGGCGACGGACUUUUGUUAGAUAAAUGGUAUCAUAUAGCAUAUACACUGUCUGAUUCUAAAAAGAGAUUAGACAUCUAUAUUGACGGUGAAUGGGUCGGAUUCUAUGGUAUUCAAGAUGUUAAAUCGGAACAAGUUGUAUUCAAUGACGGACCAUUAUAUAUUGGACGUACUUCCGACCAUGGAAGUUUUAUUGGCAAAAUUAGGUAUGAACAACAUCGUAAUAAGAUUGCCCUUGUUCAUGUAUCUACUAAUAAAUAUUUGUCUACUAAAGGAAAAAAAUAUGACAAAAUCAACCAAUAUAUGGUUGUUGGUAAUGGUCGGGAAAUUGAUUUGAAAAAUGAUGUUUGGACUUUUAUUGGACCCUCUGGUACAAGUGUAAUUGCAGAAAACCCAGUGCCUUUUAAUACAAUUAUUGGAUUUAACCAUCAAGCGACAGGAGGAAAUUUACAUUCUCAUGAUAUGAAUGAUGGGAGAAUCACACCGAUAUCAAAGCAGCAACAAGUGACCAUCAAUCCUGGUAGAAGUCGUGACGAUAAUCGUGACGAUGAAUUUUUUAUUCAACGUUAUAAUUCAAAAGCUUUUAAAGAUCACCCGGUGUAUUUGAUGAAUGGUGAUGAAGUCUGCCUUUUUCAUAUUACGACCAAUAAGCCAGCACUUUAUAGCAAUUCCAUAUUGUUUAGUGAUGGAACCCAAGAAGUUUCUUGUCAUGGAAAUGGAAAUGACGAAAAUAAUAAGUGGCGUAUUGAAUUAGUUGAUUAA